AUGGCUACAACCGACUCUGCCAGCGCGGCCAAGGCUGCCAACUCCAAUUCGUCCGCCUUCAAGAGCACAGAGCUUCCACACUUGUCCGGCGUCGAGGCUGCUAAGCGUGCUGCUGCUUACGCUGCUGUAGACAACCACGUCAAGCCUCAGCACGAGAUCAUCGGUAUUGGCUCUGGCUCCACCGUGCCAUAUGUCGUCGAGCGAAUCGCACAACAAGGCGAGGCGGUCAACGCCAAACGUUGGUUCGUGCCCACGGGCUUCCAAUCGCGCGAGCUCAUCAUCCACGCCGGUCUUCGUCUCGGUGACGUCGACAGCUUCCCCAGCAUCGACGUGACCAUCGAUGGCGCUGACGAAGUCGACAACGCGCUCAACUGCAUCAAGGGUGGUGGCGCUUGUCAUCUCCGCGAAAAGGUGCUCGCCGAAGCCGCCAACGAAUUCGUCGUCGUCGCCGACUACCGCAAGAACGGCUCCCAACUCGGCACCAAGUGGUUGCAAGGUGUCCCCAUCGAAGUCGCCCCUUUCGCCUACGCCAAGGUGCUGCAGAACCUGAAGAAGAUGGGAUCCGAAAAGGCAGUGCUGAGAAUGGGCAAGGCAAAGGCUGGACCGGUCGUAACGGACAAUGGCAACUUCUGCAUCGACGCCCCCUUCCCAGAGGCACAGAUGAAGGACCCCUCGGAUCUGCUCAUGCGCAUCAAGCUGUUGACGGGUGUGCUAGAGGUCGGACUCUUCUGCAACAUCUGCAAAUCCGCUUACUUUGGUAACGAGGAUGGCACGAUUACUAUCAAGACGGCAGACGGGAAGGUGCAGGAGGGCGUUAACUUUGAUGUCACCAAGCCUCCCGCGACGGCAUGA